CACAACGUACGGGCUCUCUCUCUCUCUCUCAUCAUUAUCGUGCUCGAGAGCGGAUUCCGAGUUCGUCCCCGUUCCUCCAUUGCAGCGCCCUCGAGAAAUCCGCACCCCCACCCACCUCGAACCCUAGCCCUCCUCCGCCUCCGAUCGCCGGCGGCCGCUCGUCUCCGAUUUUUUUUUUUUUUGGAGGGGGGGGGGGAUUUCGUCGUGCGAUUGCUGCGCUUCGUCCGCGGAGAAUCUCGAGCUUCGUCGAUCUCGGUUUGAUUUUGACUGGGUUCGUCGGGAUCUCCGAGGGGAUUCGGUUCGAAUUUUGGCGAGGUCUAGGGUUUGGGAAUUUGAAAAUUUUUCUCGUUGAUUUUUCGGGAGGGGGUGGUCUUGUCGGGAGUGAUUUGGUCGAGGAAAUGGGGAGCAGGAGGGAAGAGGAGCGGAACGAGAAGAUCAUCCGAGGUCUCAUGAAGCUGCCCCCGAAUCGGAGAUGCAUCGACUGCAACAGCUUGGGUCCCCAGUAUGUUUGCACAAACUUUUGGACUUUCGUCUGCACGACUUGCGGCGGGAUACACCGCGAGUUUACUCAUCGUGUAAAAUCUGUCUCCAUGGCGAAGUUCACUUCCCAAGAGGUUGAAGCGCUUCAAAAUGGUGGUAAUCAGCGCGCAAGGGAAAUGUAUUUGAAGGAUUGGGAUUCACAAAGACAGAGAUUGCCUGAUAGCAGCAACGUUGAUAAGGUUCGGGAGUUCAUAAAGUCUGUAUAUGUGGAUCGUAGAUAUGCUGGAGGAAAAAACUCUGACAAGCCUCCAAGAGAUUUGCAGAGCUCGAGAAGCCUGGAGGACGAGACGAGGCGUGCCAGCUCUUAUCAUUCUUACUCUCAGAGUCCACCCUAUGACUACCAAUAUGAAGAACGACGGUAUGGCAGGCAAGGUGCCUCUCUCACAAGAAAACCUGGUUCAGAUAGAGGCCUGUAUGAAGGGAAAAUCUCCAGUCUGAUCUACAGUCCAGGACGUUUAAGUGAGCGUACGCAUGAGGAUAGAUUUGCAAAUGAAGGUUCUGCUCCCAGGGUCUCAGAUUAUUCUGUUUCUAGUGGAGGUGAUCCAUUCAGAUCUGGUGCUCAGUCCCCAAAUUUUCGGAAGGACAGUGAAUUUGGUAGCCCACAGAGACACCUUUCGAGAGAUUUUUCAGGGGAUAAUCUGAGUCGUCAAACGUCAAAUACAUCUCGAGAGGCAUAUGUCCGGAGAGAUGCCAAUGGGAUACCCCAUCCUCAGAGAACUGCAUCAUCAGGAAGCUUUGGUUCAUUCGAUAGCAACUCUGUGUCUCUCCAGUCAUUUAAUUCAGGUAGUUUAGCGGAUUUGAUAUCUGAGCCUGAGAUUUCUGGGAAUCACCCAGACAAAAUGCCUACUUUUCCAGUGUCGACUGUUUCUGGAAGUUCAAGUAACGUAGACCUAUUCAAGUCACAACUGGCACCGGAACCAGUUUAUUCUGAAGCCUCAACUGUUUAUUUGUUCAAGGGAGCUGCCACAUCGACAGCUCCAUCUCUAGAUCUUUUUCAAUUAACCCCAACACAUGCAACUUCAUCUACAUUACAACAUCAGACUCCCCAAGCAUCUCUAUCUACGUCUUUGGAUUUGUUUGCUGAUUUUCCGCAGCAUCAAUCAGAUGCGACCUUGGAUAGCAGGGUAUCUGAGCUGUCAAAGCCCAAAAAUGAAGGAUGGGCGACAUUUGAUUCUCCUAAUCCCACUCUAUCUGCACUAGGGACUAGCAAUUCAACUCCUGCCUUAAUUUCUAGUGAUGGAGGUUCCAAGAAAUUUGUUCCCUUUUCAUCUUUCAAUCCAAACAUGGAUUGGCAUCUAUCUCAACAAACUAGCUCUCAAGAUCUUCCUUCAUCGGUACCAGAUCUGUGGCAUGUAGGUCUUGAGAAUAGUCAAGUGCCCACCACCGCAUCCAGCACUCAGCCAUGGAAUGCAUUUGGAGAAUCUGCUGAACACCUUCCUCCUGAAAGUGUUGAGCAAAAUAGUGGAACACAAGUAGUCACCUACCCUCCUCCAUCAAGUGUUGAUCAUCAGUACUUGGACUUAGAAGCUUCACAGGACUUGAAAGAUUUUGGGCUACCACUGUCCACAUCAUUUGCUGGACCUCCAGGUCAAAGUGCGCAGUCAAAUUUAGUCAUGGGGACGUCAUGCAACCCAUCAGUGCUCUCUCUUAUGGUGGAGACCUCAGCACACGGAUGUGCAACAGGCUAUAAAUCAACAAACCCAUUUGAUCUUCCAUAUGAUUCUGAUUUGGAACAAAGCAAUGGGUUCUUGGACAUGAGUUCAUUGCAAGCUGCACUGCCUAGUGCCCAUUUGUCAUCCACCUUACUUAAUGGUCUAAAUGAGUCUUGGUUUCCCCAGAAUCCAGUGACACCUUAUGUUCCAGCUGCUGCACAAGGUGGCCUAGCGUUCAUGACAGGGCAAGCACCAAGCUCUCAGAUACCGAAUGUCCCAACACAGGGGCCUGUUGCUUCUAUCGGAGGAAAUCCCUUUGCAUGAGCAUCUAUGCUGUGGAACCAAAUCCGCACCUGAGUGAUAGCAUUUCCACGAGCCUUUGUAUUUGUAGCUAGCUGUUUUUGCAGUGGGCAGGAAUGUGUAUUAGUGUCUUCUUUUCUUUUUUAGAUUUUAGAACAGUUGACUGCUGAUUCCUGUCAUCCUAUUUGCUGGUUCAUGAGAUCCUUUGUGCGAGAAAUCAAUCUAGUGCUGUUGUUAUAUUCGUUA